AUUAUUAAUACAUGCAUCUAGUAGUUUAUGAAAUAUAACACAAAAUGGUUCCACCGAAAGUUAUUCUGGAAAUUGUGUCAUUUUUGGACAUGUUUUCUAUAGGUCUUAUCAUACCUCAACUUGGAAAUAUUGCACUUAAAUUGGGAUGUAAUCAUAUUCAAAUGGGAGCUAUGAGUGCACUAUAUUCAGCAUUUCAGUUGAUAUCAGCGCCAAUGAUAGGAAGUUGGAGUGACUUGAAAGGCAGAAAACCGACACUAUUGUUGUGCUUAGUACUAUGUACAUUUGCAUACGUAAUAUUAGGAUUUAUAACUACUAUAUUUUCAUUUUUUGCAAUAAGAUCUUUUCUAGGUUUAGUAAAGCAAACACAAUUAUUGUUGAAAGCAUUGGCGCCAGAUUGCGAGAUAGACUCUACCCAACAAGCGGCAGUAUUUGGAAAACUAGCAGCGUUAUCUAGUAUCGGAAUGUCUUUGGGGCCGAUAAUAAGUGGACAUAUUAUGGAAUCCUACCCCGAUAGUGGAUUCACAAUUAUGUCUUGUUUUACUGGACUUUUAUUUGCUAUAAAUGCAUGUCUCAUAAAGUCUUUACCCAUUACCAUCAAAGAAAAUGAGGAAAAUAGAACUAAGAAUGAUGAAACAGCUCGAAGUAUAUUAAAAAAUGUUAUAAACAGUCUUAAGGAAUCAGUGGAAGAAUUUUACAAAGUGGACUGGUCUGUCUACUGGGAUAUUUUUGUGUUCAAACUAAUCAUGACACUAUGCAUGAGUAUGUAUUUCCAGAGUUACGGAAUAUUCUUACAAACAAAACACGACGCGUCCCCUAAAUAUUUGGGAUAUAUAAUAGCAUUUCAAGGUGUCAUAGGUGCGUUAUGUAGUUUCUUCUUUGGAUAUGUCAAUAAACUAUAUAAGAACGAUAAAGAUUUUAGUAACAGACUUUAUCAUGUCUUUGCUGCACUUACAAUAGGAUUACUGGGUAUGGCUAUAGCCCCGAAUUUAUUGUCCUAUGUAGUGUUCACAAUACCACUUGCAUUAAGUGGAGCUGUGGGGAGGAUUGUGGGAUUGGAAAUGAUUGUAAGUAAAGGGGAGAGUGAUCGUAGAGGCUCUGUCAUUGGAGCUACGAGCAGCAUCAGAUCGCUUUCAGGAGUAGUAACGCCGAUGUUCGUCGGCAUUGUUAGCGAAUAUUUAGAUAUUCAGUACGUAUUGUACUUUGCUGCUUUAGUCGCAGUAAUGGGCAUACUGACAUCUUAUACAAUAAGAUCUCAAGCUUUAGCCAAAAACAAGGCGGACUAG